AUGGCAGCAACAGCAAACCGCUACAACUUCCUCAUCGUCUUCCUCGUAACCUUCGGCUCUCUGACGUACGGCUACAACUCUGCCAUCAUCGGCGCCGUCAUUGGGCUGCCCUCCUUCUUCGCCUACUUCAACAUCUCGCUGACGGGCCCAAAUGCCGCCGAGGGGUCGCGCAUUACGGGCGCGACGAACGGGCUGUUUGCGGGCGGCGGCCUGAUUGGAUGUCUGUUUAUGACGUGGUUGGCGGACGCGUGGGGCAGGCAGAGGGCAAUCCAGAUUACGGCGUGUUUGUGUAUUGUGGCCGGGGCGAUUCAAGCGGGGAGCGUGCAUAUUGCUAUGUUUUUGGUGGGGCGGUUUUUGAUGGGCAUCGGUGUGGGCAUGGUGAAUGUCAUCACGCCGCUGUAUCAGAGCGAGAUCUCCCCGGCAAAGACGCGUGGCCGUAUGGUCGGAUCGCACGGCUUCAUUCUGUGCGUCGGAUACGCUUUGGCCGGAUGGACAGGCUUCGGCUGCUACUACGUCGCCUCGCAAACCGCGCAAUGGCGUCUCUGUCUCGCGCUGCAAGUCGUGCCACCGCUCGGUCUGCUCAUCGGUUCUCCCUGGCUUCCCGAAUCCCCGCGCUACCUGAUGGCUAACGACCGGUAUGAGGAGGGUCUGCGCAUCCUACGGGACCUGCACCGUCUUCCCGGUGAGGAAGACGACCUUCUAGCGCGCGAGGAGUUCUACCAGAUUCGGAAGCAGCUUGAUCUCGAGCGCGAGGAGGGAUGGCGGCAAGGGUGGGUGAAGGGUUGGAUUCUGCUCUUCCAAAGGAAGUCAUGUAGGAAGCGGUUGUUGUUUGGCUUCCUUACGCUGGGCCUCGUCCAGUCCACCGGAUGCUUGGUUAUCAAUAACUACCAAGUGCUCUUGUACAAUGGCCUUGGACUGUACGGAUCCCUUCCACUUGCGCUGUAUGCUGUGUGGGACUCUUGGGCUGCGUUCAUGAACUUCAUGAACUCGCUGUGGCUCGACAAGUGGGGUCGGAUCCCAAUCAUGGUAGUCGGUCAGAUUGGCUGCGCAAUCUCCGUAGCAGGAUUCACGGGCUGUCUCGCCGUGUACGGAGGCACAUCAAACAAGAUCGGCAACGGCUUCGGGGUCUUCUUCCUGUACCUUUUUGUCACCUUCUUUGGCGGCUCCAUGGACGCCUCCUCAUACGUCUAUGCGGGCGAGCUCUUCCCCACCUCCAUCCGCGCCCAAGGUGCCGGCUUCAGUAUCUCCGCGCUCUUCUGCUUCUCGCUCAUCUACACCAUGUGCGCACCUGUAGCCUUUACCACCGUAGGCUGGAAGUACUACCUCAUCUUUGUCAUCGUGCCCCUCUUCGGCGCUGCUAUUAUGUACUUCUUCUACCCCGAGACCAAGGGCUUGAGUCUUGAAGAGAUUAGUGCGAAGUUUGGUGAUACCGUUGCGGUCGAUUAUACGCGGAUGGAUGAGGAGGCGAGGAGGAAGUUGGAUAAGGGGUUGGCUUUGGGAAUGGAGGUGGAGCUUGUGGAGGAUACGGGACGUGACGUCGAGAAGCACUCUGGUUAG